GGUCCCACCACAGGGGCGGGGCCUCAGCUCCGAGGGAGGAAGCGGAAAGCAGUCCGCAGCUCGGAUGCUAAGCGCUGGUAGCUGCUUCAGGCUCGGCGGACGAACACGGCUCGGAGCGUCCAGCGAGUCCACCGAAGGCGGAUAAACCCUCGAGAACAGAGCUUUGUUUGACGGCGGAAACAUUCCACCUUGGAAUCUCGAGUGGCCCCCCACUGUGAACUUUAUGUAAGGUCGGUGCCCUACAGGAGCGGGUCAUAGACGGGGAGGAGUGAACCGGAGAAAAACAUCUGGCCACAGAAGCCGGGAUAUUUUUGUUUUUUAUCCAUUCCACCCCAAACAAGGCCAAACCCCAGAAGUUUCUCAGCGCACAUCAGGGACCAUGGAGGCCAUUGCCAAAUACGAUUUCAAAGCCACAGCAGAUGACGAGCUCAGUUUUAAGCGCGGAGAUGUCCUCAAGGUAUUAAAUGAAGAGUGCGACCAGAACUGGUACAAGGCGGAGCUAAAUGGGAAAGAUGGCUUUAUUCCCAAGAAUUACAUCGAGAUGAAAGCCCACCCGUGGUUUUUCGGGAAGAUCCCACGCGCCAAAGCAGAGGAGAUGCUAAACAAGCAACGGCACGACGGCGCCUUCCUCAUCAGAGAGAGCGAGAGCGCGCCUGGGGACUUCUCCCUCUCCGUCAAGUUCGGGAACGACGUCCAGCACUUCAAGGUUCUUCGUGAUGGAGCGGGGAAGUACUUCCUGUGGGUGGUGAAGUUCAACUCCCUCAACGAGCUGGUGGACUAUCACCGCUCCACAUCCGUCUCCCGCAACCAGCAGAUCUUCCUGCGAGACAUCGAGCAGGUCCACCACGUCCACCAGCAUCCCACGUACGUGCAGGCGCUCUUCGAUUUCGACCCCCAGGAGGAGGGCGAGCUGGGUUUCCGGCGCGGCGACUUCAUCCAAGUCCUGGACAACUCAGACCCGAACUGGUGGAAGGGCGGCUGCCACGGCCAAACGGGCAUGUUCCCCCGCAACUACGUCAAGCCCCUCCCUCAGAACAUGUAAAACAUCCCUGUCCAUCUCCACGUCAUCGGCCCUCACCCCUCACCCUUCACCCAACCCCACCCCUCCCCCCGCUCACUCCUCCUCGCCCUCCCACCGCCACAGGAGUAGACGCACACAGCGAGAGAAGACAGGAGUCGUGCUGUCGUAGGUGGUGUGGUGGGCAGCAACCUUCUCUCGCCCAGGAGCCGGCCGUCUGCGAGGGAAGUGAAGCGUGACAGGGAAAAAAAAAAAAGCAUUGAUCCGCCAGAACGUGUCCCGCCGCCUCCCCCAAACUUCUUAACAUUCUGCCUUCUUUUCUCUUGUUUUCGCCGCAUGUUGUUUUAACUCUGAAUGACAAGACAAACCUUCGCUGUUUUUAACGGUAAAAAAAGUUAAAAAAAAAAAAAAAGAAGAGCUUUAAAAAAAAAAAAAAAAAAAAGAAACCUGUUGCCAUCUUCAGCAGUGUCCAGAUGAUUUGAGCCCGCCGCCGGCUGUGUAAAUGAAUCGACUAUAGAGAGAAUCCAUUUUUUAAGAAUAUAUAUUAUAUAUUUGUAUGUGUUUCAUCACGCAUUUUUUUUUCCAUUUGUAAAUUAUGUUCAAUCUUUUUGGUCGUAUAGGAAAGUAGCUCUAGAAGUGUCACUGAAGUUGUUCUCUCAUAUGAUGGCAGGAUUUUUUACUGGGUCAUAGAUUUCAUGUGAGGAGGAAGAAAAGGUGGGCGGAGCCCGGUGAGGUCAGCCGCCAUUAAAGCCCCCCCCUGUAUUUAUUGCCGCUGUGUUACUUUGGCAGUGAAUGUAGCUGACGUGUGAACAUGAGGGAAGUCGGAGAACUGAACUACACAAAACCACGCAAGGGAUUUCAAACAGACAUGCUGAACUUUUGUCGACGUUUCACCCGCCACCAGCGGCGCCGUCUCCAGCUUGCCGCCGCUCUCACACAGUCAACAGAUUCUUUCACGCUCCAAAUGAUGUGAACGUUUCUUCUUGUCCGACGUGACGUGUGGUCAAGCACUUGUUUUGUUUUGUUUUCUUUCCCGUCUGGUCCGUGUGUUCGUUUACGGUGUCUCUCUGGAUAUAGUGCCUUCUCUGCUCUCAGUGUCUCCGACCUGCUUCUUUUCGAGCCCCCCCCCCUCUCUCUUCCUGCCGGGGGUCAGCCAGUCCUGCAGUGAGCAACAGUGUAUAUACUCCAGCCUUCCUCGCCCCCCCCCCCCCUGCAUCCAGCCGCCACUGUCCUCACCGACAUGAACUCUUAUUUAAGUGUCUCUCUCUCUCUCUCCUCGUCAGACCUAACUAUGCCGUUUUGUUAUUCCUCCCUUU